AUGUCAGGCAGAAUCACAAGCUAUCUUGAUUGCGUAUCCCCAUACUCGUACUUUGCUCUGUUGCGUCUGGAGGAGAAUCGAGCGCUGCUCAAGGAACACAAUGUAGAAAUCGACAUAGUGCCCGUUUUCCUAGGCGGUAUUAAUGUCGGCAGCGGUAAUAAGCCGCCGUGGACACUUCCCGCAAAAGGCGCGUACGGCAGGUACGAUAGCGAGCGUUCGAAGCGGUACUUCGGCGUGCCGAACAUCAAGACGCCCGAGUUCUUCCCGAUUCUGUCUCUGCUGCCGCAGCGGGCGUUGGUGUAUGUCAAGGAAGCCCAUGCACAGAAGUUUAUCCAGGCGUUCAAGGAUAUCUUCCAGGGAAUAUGGGAGCAAGGGCUCGACGUCAGCAAGCCCGAGUUACUGGCUCAAGUGCUCUCGAAGCAGUUCAGUGAGACAGAAGUCAGGGACAUCCUCGAGAAAGCAAACAGUGCGCCGUACAAGCAGCGACUGAACGACAAUACCAAGGAGGCACUCGAUCUUGGGGCCUUCGGAUGCCCCUGGCACGUUCUGCGUAACUCGAAAGGCGUGGAGGAGCCUUUCUUUGGUAGUGACAGGUUCCAUUACAUGUGGGAAUUUCUGGGGCUGCCGUGGAAGGAUAUUGAGCUGCAAGCACCUGGAUCUGCAAAGACAAAGGCGCGGAUCUGA